UCUUGCCUCGCUCGCUCGCUGCUCCUCGGCUGCAAUGGCGGCGGUGCGGGGCCUGCGGGUGUGUGUGGAGGCCGAGGCUGGGGAAGCGGCCGGGGAUGCGGCCUCUGCCUCCGCCUCCGCCUCCGGCUCGGGGUCCGGCUCCGGCUCCGGCUCCGCCUCGGCUUCAGCCUCGGACUCUGGUUCCGGCUCGGGUUCAGGGUCGGGGUCAGAGUCGGAGUCGGAGCGGGAGGAGGAGCCGAUGGAGGUGGAGGAGGGAGAGAUCGAGACCGAGAAGCUCGACUCCAUCGCGGUGCGGAGGUCGCUGAAGGACCUGGUCCCGGACACAAGCCGGCGCUAUGAGAACAUCACUGGCACUGACGUCACCUCAAAGGAGGCGGUGGAGAGGAAGGAGCAGAGGGCACGGAGGUUCCACUUCAGGGCUGAGGUGAACGUCACUCAGCGUAAGGUGGUGCUGGACAAGGAGAUCCUGAAGGAAGCAAUCCCCAAGAUCCGUCUGGAGGCUCUGCACGUGACCGGGGUGGAAGAGAUGAGCACGGAAGAGAUCUUUGCCUACUUUAAGGAGUACCCGCCAUCCAGCAUAGAGUGGAUCGACGAUUCCUCCUGUAAUGUGGUGUGGCUGGAUGACGUCACAGCUGCUCGCGCCAUUGUCAACCUGAGCGUGGGGGCCGACGCAGGCAAUCAGGCCGCAGGCGACGCCAAAAGCUGCUCGAAAAAGCAAGGUGUCACUGCAGAAGGUUCCAAUGAGCACGGCCCGGCUGAAAGGACAGAGGAGGAGGAGGAAGAGGGCGAGCUGGAGAAGGAGCCGGCAAACACAGCGGAGGUGGAAUGCAAGCCAGCGGCAGACACCGAGUUGGACACCCUAUCGCAGGAAGAGCAGGAAGUGAUCCUUCGGAACGAGCUGCGGCCCGCGAUCCGGACUCCGCAGGGGAACAAGCUGCAAGUGAGGUUUGCCACGAGAGACGACCGCAAGGAACAUGGAGCUGCAAGGCGGAGCCAGUAUUACAUGAAAUACGGGAAUCCCAACUACGGUGGAAUGAAGGGCAUCCUGUCAAACUCCUGGAAGAAGCGGUAUCACGCGCGACGCACCCAACGGGACGUCCUGAAGAGGAAGAGCUUUUUGCCCGAUGAGGUGGAGCUGGAAUCACAUUACGAACACCACCGCUCAGGUCUGGGGAACGUCCCUGAAGAACCCAUCCAGGAGGAGGAGGAGGACGAGGACGAGACGGAGCAGGACAUGGAGGCAGACGACCGUGUUGUGGUGGAGUAUCGCAACGAGAGCCGGACGGGGCCCUCUAGCCCCCACGCCUCAGACUCUGACGAGAUGGAUUACGACCUGGAGCUGAAGAUGAUCUCCAUGCCCUCGCCCAAGAAGAGUCUGAAGAUGACUAUGUACGCCGACGAAGUGGAGGCUCGGCUGAAGACCAUUAGGAAUUCCAUAAGGCCGGAGGUGAGCGUGCCGGCGGUGCCCAACGUGAAGAACCGGAUCGGAGCCCGGCUGUCGACGGAGAAGGUGUCGGACGUUCGGCUGCUGCUGGAGGAGAAACGGCAGCUGGCAGAGAGACAGCAGCCCAGUGCAGCCAGCAGCUCCGCCACAGGCGUCCGGCAGAGGCUGGGGAAGAGGCCGCUCUCACCACAGAGCAGCAGUGUCACCGUCAGCCGGCGGGAGCCCCAGACAGACGUCCACAGCAGGCUGGGCAUCCCCAAACACGACGGCAGGAGCUUCCCACAGGACAAGCCCAAGAAAACUGGGGAUUUGUGGAGCCGCCUGGGCAAGGUCCGCGGGAAAGGGGAGAAGUCGCCGGAGAAGGAGGCGGACAAGGAGGCUCCCGCGGAGAAGGUAGAGGAGCAGGGGGAGACGGUGGAGGCCGAGGAGAAAGAGGAGGAUGGCGACACUGCUCUGCAGCGAGCCUGGGGGGCUCUGAUCAGGGAGAAGGAACGGUCGCACAAGAAGAGCCGGCUGGAUAACCUGCCUUCACUGCAGAUCGAGAUCAGCCGGGAGAGCUCCACCUCCGACAGCGAGUCGUGACCCCCACGCCCCCUGGGCCCAGGACUCUGCUCCUCCACACACACAGACAUGGCAGCUCAGGGCACACAGCGGACAGUGCUCAGCCCUGGGCUGCAAACCACCGCGUGUUUCACCCCGUCCCAUCCCCGCCCCGUCCCGACCCUCUCCCCCCGCCAUGUUACAGUUCACUUUCUGGCCGAAUUAAAUUUAAUCUUGAAGCCAG